AUGGGUCAGUCGGCCUCAAAAGAGCCCUUGCCUACUGUUGACUGGCAAACGAGUCGGGAGCAAAAUUUACGCCGCGCAUCUGGUGGCGGUUUAGACAAACGCAUCCCCGAGCGCCCUGGCGAUGCCCGCCUCGGUCAGACGCCGAUCUUUUGGCCGGUUGUUGGAGCUGCCAAGACGACACCUAUCACGACUCGGUACCUGAGCACGGUUCCCGCCGUCGGUGCCACGACGUUGCCGACACCAUCGCGACCUCAUCUGACCCGGCGUGAGGGUGACGAGACCGUGUGGGGUUCGGACGAGGUGGCGCGUUGCUACCUGCGACAGCAGUCGAUGGAGAUGCUUCGGCCUCUGGAGGAGCAACCGUUUCCCGGAGCUUUGAAGGCCGUCUGGUCUGUUGGAUGGAUUGUUAAGAUGGACGAGAGAGAUGUACCAGGAUACAUCAAAACCCCUUUCCAACGCCGUAGUGAUUACACUCGCAGACACUCAACUUCGCCACUCAACUUCGCCACCAGUCUGACAAAUCGCCCAUAUACAGCAGGGGACUUAGGGAGGUACAGGCUUCGUAGACUUUUUGAGUCAGUCAGACAGUUAGUCUUUGAGGACAAAGGAUACAUUCUGGUGGUUUAUGUACUUUUCAGCCACGAGUCUGUCUUCCCUCGACCCGGCCGUCUGAGUUGCCAUCUUCCCCCUUGGGACGAGAGAUCUCGAAUGUGUGUAGGUGGUAUCCGCGACCCGCAGCCAACUCUCGUGCGCUCGGAGACGCCGUACCAACUCGUCUAUUGUGUCUCACUGUUUUCUUUCCUUAUUCAUCCCUUCUUCCCUUCCCUCCCCUGCCGGCUUCUACUGCCUCCCACCUCCUUCAGUUGGUAUCAUGCUGCGCUCUCGCGUCUGGAGGCGGAACACCUACUCAAACCUGCACCGGCUGGCAGCUUCCUUGUUCGCCUAAGCGAAACCAGCAGAGCCGAGUUC